GUGAAUACCGCCGCUCUGUGUUGCGGGUCUGCUGCAGGCAGUGGAGACGAUGGCUAACACUUUCACCUGACCAUGACCUGACCGUAGAGCCGCAGGCUUGUCCGCCCACUUCACCUGACCAGGCAGAGCGUGUAGGAGAGGAGGUGGCGGUGGCAUGCGUAUGGGCAGCAGCUGGAGGUGGCAGCUCUCCCGGGCCAUGAGACUCGCGCUGCGCUGGUGCCGGCUGUGCCGCCCGCAAAGAGGAAGCCGAGGCGGGGGGACCAGCAAGCCAUGGAUCAGCGGCAGGUUCUUGGAGCUGUGGAGCUACAGCAAGCUGCUGCUCAAGUCCCUUUACUCCAACAGCCUCACCAACGCAGACACUCUGCUGGACUGUGCGUUCGAGCCCGUCUACUGGAUUGUGGACAAUGUGACCCGCUGGUUUGGCCUGGUGUUUGUCUGUCUAGUCAUUAUGCUAACAACCUCAGUUGUGGUCAUCGUCUACCUGUUCGUCCUACCCACGAUCCUCAACACUUACCCUGUGUACUGGGUCGCCUGGCACCUCUGCUGUGGCCACUGGCUCCUUGUCAUGGUGGUCUUCCAUUACUACAAGGCCACCACCACCGCCGCAGGACACCCACCCAAGGACAAACUUCACAUUCCCUCAGUGUCCAUCUGUAAGAAAUGCAUCACUCCAAAACCGCCCAGGACGCACCACUGCAGCAUCUGCAACGUGUGUGUUUUGAAGAUGGACCACCACUGUCCCUGGUUGAACAACUGUGUGGGCCAUUUCAACCACCGCUACUUCUUCUCCUUCUGCCUAUACAUGACCCUGGGCUGCAUCUACUGCAGCAUCAGCAGCAGGGACUUGUUUCUGGAUGCCUACAGUGCUAUAGAGAGAUACUAUCAGAUCCCUCCUCCAACAGAAACCUACAGAGACAGCACUGCCCACAAGAGUAUCAUUUUCCUCUGGGUGCUGACCAGCUCGGUGGCUGUAGCUCUUGGAGGACUCACCCUGUGGCACACCAUACUCAUCAGCAGAGGAGAGACCAGCGUGGAGCGCCACAUCAACCGCAAAGAGGCCAGAAGACUGAAGGAGAAGGGCAAGGUGUUCAGAAAUCCAUAUCACCAUGGUGCAGUGAACAACUGGAGGUUACUGCUUGGUGUGGAAAGGAGGAGUCACUGGUUCACACGGGUCCUGUUGCCCUCCAGCCAUCUUCCCAAUGGGGAUGGCAUCAUGUGGGACUGCAACUUCACCAGAAGAGACCCCAUGGCUAUCUGAUCCUCACCCUUGUUUCUUUUUUAAACUCCAAACCAUAUCAAAAAACUCUAACCUGCAUUUACACCACAGGCAGUGUGAGUGAUGUUUCACGCUGCUGUGACCAGCUCGGGACAAAGAAAAGAAGCUCCUGCUGCUACAAUCACUUGGCGAGGAAAAAGCUUUGUAGUUAUAUAAAUACACAUAACUUGCUGCAUUGGUAUUUGCACUGCUUUAAAUGGGACCCACAUGGGAAUAACCACUCGUGAUUCAUCGUCUUAGGACCCAUAUCAUUUCAACCUGUCUCCAGUGGACCUGUAACAGUAGGUCUUAUUGUGGACGUCGCCACCAGCUGAUGUCACCCUGCGACUGCAGUGCUGUUGGCUUAUGUGAUGUGUAAAUGGUGCUGCUGGUCAGCAUUGUUAAAAAGCCCAAACCUUUCUUAACGAAGAGUAUGGUGUGUUCCCCAGUAUGGGAGGCACUGAUGAACACCACAGCAUGAAGUUAACGGCUUAUUAAAGGUGCUAUGUGUUGCAUUUACAGAUAUUAAUACAACACACAAAUACUAAACAAAUACUUUGACCUGUCAGAGAAGGUCUUAUUUGUUUACACUGUUUAAAUGUGCCAGCGUUAAAGUAAUAGUCUUGAAGAUUUUCAUUUAAAUAAACUGUCUGUUUAGUCACUAUCUAUGACCAUAUGAGGUACACAGUGGUGAUUGAGCCAACCGAUGAAAGACCUUGCAUUUGUAGUGUAAUGAACUGAGUGUGUGUGGCGACAUUCCUGGGAGAAAUCGCAAGCGGAGCAUCACCCAGCAGUGGUUGGUCCGCCAGAGAGUGUAGGCGGAGCUAACGUAACAGACUUGCUCUUCAACCUCAAGCUCCGAGGAGUAGUGGCCAUUCUGUGGAAUUACAACUUGGUCAGUCGCGUGAUGUCACAGUCCCAAAAGACACCUAUAAAUCAGUGGCUUCAUUUCUUUGAGUGUCACCCCCCCCACUAAAUGACUCAUUUCACUAUCGGGAUUUGAUCCAUUCAGUCUGGUAACGUCUCAGAAGUCCAGAAGACCUGCACAAUUUAUUUAUUUUACCCCUAUACAAGUUAGCUUAGUGCUGAGUUAGCUACUUAGGAGGCAAAGUCCCUCAUGUGCUUGCUCUAGGGACCCAAUGAUUUGGUGUAUUGGGUAAUUUUACACCCAAGAAGCUGAACUUUUCUGGCUUUAUGCGCCAUUGAGCAACUUGAGAAUGAAACGGGCACCGCCUCCAACAUUUUAUCCAGUUCUCAACACACCUGCAGUCACCACUUGUCGCCAUAUGUGUUGCCAAAGAAAACACAACAGAUAUUCAAGAUUGUGACUUUAAUGUGUUCAUGGUUCAUUGUCUAUAAAAUGCAACAUAUAGCAUCUUUGAUAAUGGACGCCCUGUUGAUCCUUGACUUCAUGCAGAGCCAGAGAUAUGAGCCUCGUCCUCGUCUGCUUAUUGAAGAGGUCUUGUACGUUGUCUAUAAUAACUGUUUAUGUGUGUUGGGCUGAGGAUAAAACCAAGUGUUUCUUAAUGUGAUGAGGCAAGUCGUGAGGUAAAAACAUAUUCUCAAUGUUAAUCUUUGAUUUUGUUCUUUAAAUGUCCUGUGAUUAUUUAAAAAUUUUAAAAAUGUAUUUUAAGGUUUACUGCCCUGCAUGUUUGCACCUGCAGUAUUCUGCUGCUGUGUCUUGGGGAGUGUGUGCUAACUGAUGUGGUGCCGAAGAGGAGUAAGUUUGAUACACUUCUGCUUAAACUUGAAUCUUUUGCUUACUUGCCAGUUUAGUUAAAAAAAGAAGAAAAAACCUGCACAGCAGUCAUCCUGAUUUUAGGUCUUUGACACUGAUAAAGAAAUUGUUGUGCCUUGUUUGGUUGUUCAGCCUUUACAUUGAGGCACUUUAAGUGAAUCAGGCACUGUGAAAUGUAAUUCCACAUUUUUAAUUCCCUUUCAUAUUUUCCACACCAAAAUGUUCAUACCAAUAACUUAAUGAUAGAUUGGGUGGAUUUGUAGUUGCCAUAGAAACAUGACGUACAGCUGUGAUAUCAUGUAUGGAGCUGUGCUCCACUUUGAUUUACUUUGUCUUUUUCAAUAAACCACGUGUUUCAUA